AUGGUCACAGAUGUAUGUGGAAAACCUUCUCUCUGGGCUCAACCUGGUCCCCUGGUGAGAACCGGAGACAGUGUGACCCUUCGGUGCCGCUCAGAGACUUUGUUCGACACCUUCAUGCUGUACAAACAGAAGGACACUAAGGACACCCUGCGUCUUGUUGAGAAGCAGGAUGUGCAGAGAGACCAGGCUGACUUCUCCUUGGGCACCGUGUCAUCUUCUCACGCGGGGGUCUACAGGUGCUAUGGUUCACUCCGGCGCUCGCCCUACGAGUGGUCAGCCCCCAGCGAGCCCCUGAGCCUUAAGAUCACAGGUAUCUACAGGAAGCCCUAUCUCUGGGCCAAUCCUGGUCGGCUGGUGACAGAGGGAGAGAAUGUGACCCUGCAAUGCCGCUCAGAGAGCACGUUUUACAUCUACAUGCUACACAAAGAAGAGGAAGCCGAGGCCUCUUCGCACAUUGUUGGAAAACUCCAUGGCCAGAGAACCCAGGUUGACUUCUUCUUGGGUGCUAUGACAUCUGCCCUGGUGGGGACCUACCGAUGCUAUGGUUCUCUCAAGCAUUCCAACGACGUGUGGUCAGCCCCUAGUGACCCUCUGAAGCUCGUGAUGAGAGGAAACGCCAGUAGUGCCUCAUCGUCCACAGAACACAGCUACCAACCUGGUAAUGCUAGACCACGGCACACUCUCAUUGGCCUCAUGGUCCUCAUCACUCUUGCCAUCAUCAUUAUCUUCCUCAUUUAUUACCGGUGGUCUGCCAAGAAGAGUUGA